CCCCCGCACCCAACUCCCAGCUUCCUCUGCGAGGCGCAAGACAGUCUAGAUGGACAGUGGGCGCGCUGAGUCGGGUCAGAACGUGCCCCCGAGAUGUGAAGUGGCCUUUCGGGAUGGCAGAGUCCGGGGAGGUACCUGAAGCCCUGAUGGAGCGGCCGGACGUGGCCCGCGGCCUGGAGAAUUUGCCUGUGAGCGUUUGGCCGUCAGGGGCGGGGCCAGAGCCUUUCCAGUAUACUCCUGAUCAUGUAGCUGGGCCUGGAGCAGACAUUGAUCCCUCUCAAAUAACCUUUCCCGGAUGUAUUUGUCUUAAAACUCCCUGCCUCCCUGGUACUUGCUCCUGUCUGCGUCGUGAGAAGAACUAUGAUGAUAAUUUGUGCCUCAGAGAUAUAGGAUCCGGAGCAAAGUGUGCUGAGCCAGUUUUUGAAUGCAACGCCCUGUGUCGGUGCAGUGACCACUGCAGGAACCGAGUGGUCCAGCGGGGUCUGCACUUCCACCUCCAGGUGUUCAAGACAGAUCACAAAGGCUGGGGACUUCGUACCCUGGACUUCAUACCAAAAGGACGGUUCGUCUGUGAAUAUGCCGGCGAGGUUUUAGGAGUCUCUGAAGUUCAGAGAAGAAUUCAGUUACAAACCACACAUGAUUCAAAUUACAUUAUAGCCAUCAGGGAGCAUGUUUAUAAUGGGCAGGUAAUAGAGACGUUUGUUGAUCCUGCCUAUAUAGGAAAUAUUGGAAGAUUCCUUAACCAUUCUUGUGAGCCAAACCUAUUGAUGAUUCCUGUCCGAAUUGACUCAAUGGUACCGAAGUUGGCACUUUUUGCAGCCAAAGACAUUCUGCCAGGAGAAGAACUGUCUUACGAUUAUUCAGGAAGAUUUCUUAAUCCAGCAGAUAGUGAAGACAAAGAAAGGCUAGACAACAAGAAAUUAAGGAAAUCUUGUUAUUGUGGUGCCAAAUCUUGUGCCACAUUCCUGCCUUAUGACAGUUCACUGUACUGCCCCCUAGAAAAACCAAACACAAGAGAGGAAGGAAAAGUACAGGAGAAACAUGUCUGGCCUCUCAGUGGAAGAGAAUGAGAAGGAGCCAAGUAUGUCUGGCUCAGCCCUUUCCGGAUUGCCCCCUUUCAAGCAAUUCACCCUCCAGGUGAGUCUACUCUGUGGCAGGCAGCUUGCCCCUCACUGCAGGGGAAGCCAGUGGUGGUCUGGCUUCUGCUGCUGCCCAGCUGCAGCAGUUUAACUCAGGAAUGUGGCAGAGAUACAGAUUGUCCAGCAGUGUUCUCUCACCCUUUGGAGCAGAGAAUUCUGAGUUUUUAGAUGGGUACAUGAUGGCCCAGAAUACCCAACUUUGUGGCGAAGUGACUAAGUUGUAGCUAGUGGGAUAUAAGGGGAAACAGUGUCUUCUGGAGACACUUUUCCCUUAUCCCCUUCUUUUUCUUCUUGGCUGGAGUGUAUACAAAAUAACUGGUACUGAAUCAUCCAUUCUAGACCCAAAAUGACCUUGGAAAAGGAAGCCACACACAGCCAACAAUAUUGAAAGGAGUCUGUGUGCUGUAAACUGUGGAACUCUCUGAUCUGACAGUUCUGGACUAUUAGAGAAGAGAAACAGUCUCUGCAUCAUGUAGACCACUGUUGUUGUGAAUUUUCUAGUACUAGCACCAAAUCUAAUCAGUGAUCCAAGGAAACCUUUAUGGCUACCUAAGCCUUGCUUUCCAAUCAAUUUUAUCCAGAAUAAAGCUGAUAUUUUCAUUUC